AUGGAAGAAGUGAACCUCACCCAGAUCUCCGAGUUCUUGCUCUUGGGAUUCUCAGAGGACCCCAAACAGCAGCAGCUGCUUUUCGUGGUUUUCAUGAGUAUGUACUUGGUGACCGGCAUGGGGAACCUGCUCAUCAUCCUGGCCAUCGGCAUGGACGCCCGUCUCCACACGCCCAUGUACUUCUUUCUGGCCAACCUGGCCUUCGUGGAUAUUUGUUUCAUCUCCACCACCGUCCCCAAGAUGCUGGCCAUUCACGUGUCAGGACGCAGAGGGAUCCCUUACGCAGGCUGCUUGACCCAGACAUUCUUCUUCAUCUUGUUUGCAGUUUUUUUGCUGACCGCCAUGGCCUACGACCGCUACAUGGCCAUCUGUCGCCCCCUGCAUUACACCACGUCCGUGACCCCAUGGCUCUGCGGCCUCCUGGUGGCUUCCUCCUGGACCGCCGCCUUCGGGAACUCCCUGACCCACACGGUCUUCCUGAGCCGCCUUUCAUUCUGCAACCACAACCGGGUCCCCCAUUUCUUCUGCGACCUCAGCCCUCUGCUGAAGCUGGCCUGCUCGGACACGUUUCUCAAUAACGUGAUGGUGAAUACCGUGGGCGCCCUGACUCUCAUCAUGCCCUUUGUGGGCAUCUUGGUGUCCUACACACGCAUUGUCGCUGCGGUGUUGAGGAUCCCGUCCGCGGGAGGGAGGCGGAAGGCUUUCUCCACCUGCGGCUCUCACCUGUCCGUGGUGACCUUGUACUACGGGACAUUCAUCGGGGUUUAUUUCAGCCCCACGUCCUCCCACACGGCCCAGAAGGACACAGCCACCUCAGUGAUAUAUACCGUGGUCACCCCCAUGCUGAACCCCUUCAUCUAUAGCCUGCGCAACAGUGACAUGAAGGGUGCCCUGGGGGCGCUGGUCCGCAGGAGGCCAGCUUCGAUCCGGUGA